AUUUCGACGCUUUAUGCACGAUCAGAUCGUAGCUAACCGUCAAACGAUGCGGUACGGAGUGUGACGAAACGGCUGUUGGGUCCUAAGAAGUGAUAGCGUCGUACAGACAGAGAAGAAUGUUUCGAUCGUGCAGUGCUGUGAUAUAUUUGCUCCUGCUUCUAGGAGUCGUUCAACCUUCCCUAUCGUUGAUUAGUCUGGGAAAUAUUACGAGUCUCAUCUACGACGCGAAAGAGAUCAACUAUGGACGACAUACGCUGCUGGACUCGUAUGACUUCAUCAUAGUUGGAGCGGGUCCUGCAGGAUGUGUGCUAGCGAAUCGGCUCUCGGAAGAUCCCUCAGUGACAGUGCUAUUGCUCGACAUCGGUAGGGGUGAGAUCCCGCUGUUUACGGACUCACCGCUUAUUGGACCGAUACUUGCGUCAACCGAUUACAAUUUUGGAUACGAAACGGAGAAGCAGCAAAACGGAUGUCUCGGCUUGCGUGGUCGGCGUUGUAGUUGGGCGCAUGGUCGUGGUGUCGGUGGAUCGUCCAUCAUUAACAAUGUGAUCUUUACGCGCGGUAAUCGACGAGAUUACGACGGAUGGGCUCGGGCGGGCAAUGAGGGUUGGAGUUGGAACGAUGUGCUUCCGCUGUUUAAGCGAAUCGAAACGGCCAACAUUCGUGAUUUUGGUGAUAAUGGGUUCCACGGUACCGAUGGUCGACUGUCGGUGGAAGACGCUCCGUUCAGAACGGACAUCGCUCGGGCGUUUGUGAAGAGUGCCGAGCAGGCCGGUUAUCGCUAUCUCGAUUACAAUGCUGGAGAUAAUUUGGGGGUGUCGUUCCUGCAGGCACACACACGCAACGGAAGGCGAGCUACGGGAGGGAACAGCUACCUACGGGACAUAGUGGACCGGCCUAAUCUUCACAUCGUAACACGAGCCUGGGUCACCAAAAUUCUCAUCGAUCCCGAUACAAAAACAGCUACCGGCGUGCGUCUGCUGCAUGAACGGCAAUAUCACGAGGUAGACGCUGACCGGGAAGUGAUUCUCUCGGCAGGAGCUUUCGAGAGUCCCAAGCUGCUGAUGCUUUCGGGCGUUGGUCCGGCAAAGCAUCUGCGACAGCAUGGCAUUAAGGUGCUGCACGAUCUCCCCGUCGGUCGCAAGGUGUAUGAGCAUGGCGGUGUCUUUGGGCCGAUCUUCAUCGUCCGAGAACCCACCGAUAAUCUUGUUAGCUUCGAACAGCUUACCAAUGUAGGAGAGUUUCUACGCUUCCGCAAUGGGUCUGGGCCGCUCACAUCGAACUCGGUCGAGAGCCUCCUGUACGUAAAGUCACCGUUUGCCGAAGAUCCCGAUCCCGAAUAUCCGGACGUGGAGGUGAUGCAGGCGUUCGCAUCGUUCAGCAUUGACACUACGCCUGGAACGCGCAACGCCUACUAUCUGACCGACCGGAUGUUCAACGAAUACUUCCGACCGUUGGCAAACACGAGGAACUUUAUGUUCCUGCCAAUGUUGCUAAAGCCACGAGCGGUCGGACGGGUUGAGCUGAAGUCAGUUAAUCCCUUCAGCCAUCCAGCAUUCCGGUAUCAGUACUUUGAGGAUGAUCGUGAUGUUGAUGCGGUGGUGUACGCCAUCAAGGAGGUGAUUCGCAUCAGCACUAAAGCACCGCUCAGGAAAUUUGGCAUCGAGCUGUACAAUCGUAAAGUGCCCGGAUGUCAGUACAUGCCGUUCAACACGAUCGACUAUUGGAGAUGUCACGUACGCCACCUAACGGCGACAUUCCAGCAUCAGGUGGCCACUUGCAAAAUGGGACCUCCGGAAGACCCUGAAGCGGUCGUCGAUAAUCGGUUGCGAGUGUACGGCAUCAAACGAUUGAGGGUGGCUGAUGUCGGUAUCAUCCCGGAAGCACCGACUGGGCAUACCUGUGCGCACAGUUUCCUUAUCGGAGAAAAAGCGGCGCAAAUGUUCAAGGAGGAACAUCGACUGCACUAACCUAUUUCUCCGAUCUCUAUGGGGCUCCAGCUUUGGGAGCCAUGAAAAGUUGAGGGAACUUGUUUCGAAAUACGCUCGCGAUACAGCACACGUCUUCUAUACGCACGAUUAAUGACACUGAAAUGUUGGGGGAAAAUCGGCUCCUAUAGUCACGUCAAAUCAACGGUUACCAAAGACAGCCAUCAAUCUGGCGCGACCUCAUGUACGCUCCCCACCCGUGAAGAGUGCCGGAGAUGAAUGAAAUUAAUUAUCCGUUGCCACACGCCGUUGGGUGUGGAGAAUAUGGAAACGGCAAGAUAAACGAUGGCUCAUGGAAAUACUCAUCUAACGAAGAUUAUUACGGCAAUCGAUCUGCGAUCGCUUUUUUUUUCUCUUUUUCGUGGUCUUUCUUGUGUAAAAGUAGGCUCGCUUGAGUAAAAAUAUUGAGCUAUUUUUAGCGUGUCACAUUCCAAUGUUGCGGACAGAGUUCAUGAUCAUGUUGCACAAAACGAGCUCCAUGCGUGACGCUACAGCGCUGGACGCAUUGCGGGACACCACGCGGGCUUGUUUUAAAUUGGACGCGAGCAGCUCCAACAACAUCCGUUAGUGUAAACUUCACGCCGUUCCGCAGUGUAUAUACUACACCUUACUGCAGUCGCACCGGUCAGGUACCAUUAGUUCCUAGCAAGCAGUGCAAGCAAGCGCAGCCUUUCGUGAUGAGAAGAACGGGAUUACUAGUGAUGUUAGUCGCGGUUUUAGUGGAGCGCUUUAAGUGUUCGUGUGCCGCUGCAUCAUCCAAGAUUAUUCUAGACAGUCACUUUACGUACAUUAUACUGGGCGGGGAUCAUGUGGCGGAAAGCAUCGGGAGGUAUCUCUCUUCCAGGGAUACCAAUAAAACGGUUCUAGUACUUAAGGGUAGCCGGUGUAACGAUGUUCUGGAACCAUCCGAACCGUCCAAGCUGUGGUUGGAGGUGUCGUACCUCUUCGCCGAGAGUGCACACUACCUGGGUUACGAGUUUAUCGAUCCGUUUCUGCACGGUUCUAAGCCGGGCAUUGCGUUCACGAAUCAAACUUCAAGCUUCAUCCCGCCGCUUCAACAGCUGUAUGCCGUCGAUCCCAAUCUGAAGAUGCUGACUGAUGCUAGACCCCAGAGAAUUAUCUACAACAAGGCAUCUUCAACAGCGCUAGGAGUGGAAGUGAGCAUCAACUUUGAAACACAUUACCUAUUCGCCAAGGAACUCAUAAUAGCUGGAAGAUGCUUGGAAGACUACCAACUGCUCUCGAAGGCGGACAUUCUGGCACGCGAUACUCUAAGCAAGCUUCUCGACGAAGUCCCUCUAGAGAUCGCUCUCAAAAGCCCAAUCAUUGCUCCGAUCUUCACGCUCAAUGGAAGUCCUAUGAUCGGCCCGACGCCUCCCAACGAACAGCCCUAUUGUUUGCUCGCUACAGAACUGUUCAUCGAAACGCUUUCCAAAUCUGGAACCGAUCAAACCCUUACCUCCAAACAGGGCAUACAACCGAACGCGAAGGUGAACAUUGUCCUAAAGGAGCAAGCCGCUCAACGCUGGAUAGGAUUUAAUCCUUCCGUCAUCUAUCAGGAGUCAGCCACGGAGCUUAGCGAUCCUGCAACGAUACUGAAAGUGCUUGCGGAUACAAUUGAAGUUUGCAUGAAGUUAAGCACGAGUCAAACAUUUCAAAAGCUAGGUCUAUCGCUUCAACCACACCAAAUACCAGACGCGGCCGCAUCAGCCUGUCCACCGAGCCAGACCGACAGCGUGCUCUGUUUUGUAAACUAUACGCUAUCCACCGUAUACAACAGUGUCGAGGACCCCCUAAACACAGAGCCACCACAGUUCAAAAUGGAGCACCUAACGGAAGACUUUCGGCUGAAAUCGUCUCGAAAUGUACGCCUGCUUCCUUUUGGCUUGACAGCACCCUUUCUGGAACAUUGGUGGAAGCGGAUAUUUUCGCCAAGGAAGGUGAUACGAGAGUACACGACCCGGAUCGGUAUCCUGAGUCCGGACCAGACGCAACUCAACGGCUUUUCGAUGGAUGCGCUGCUGGAAAAGCUAAGGGAUCGAUUAAAGGUGAUUGGAAGUAUGCCGCCUAGACAUUAGAUAAGGGACAGCUGCUGAAGGCGUGUGCUUCUUCGCGAGCGAACCAUGAUCGAUGGCUGCCUAUCUGAUAAUGGCUUUCGUCGUUGAAGUACAAUAGGGUAUAAGCAAUAAGCAUAAGACGACUGGUGGAUAUGAGGAGGCAUUGGGAGUAGAAAGAUCGCUUUUAUAGAAAUAUCAAAUAAAAUACGUUUCAGUAUGACGUUUGAUCAGAAGUAGUAAAA